AUGGCGUGUGCUGGGCAUCUGGUCUUGCUGCUCCUCCUGCUGCCCACAUCCAUGGCCUGGAGGACCAGGAUCCCGUUCCCGUCCCAUAAGGGGAUUGGGGAAGCCUGCGAGGGUCACUCAGAGUGCCAGAGCCACUGCUGCGUCACCAAUAGCCUGAACCCGCGGAAAUUCUGCACUUCCAGGACCAUCUUCCUCAAGUGCUUGUCCUGGCAGAAGCCCAAUAGCCACACCUGCUCUGAACACUCGGAGUGCCAGAGCAACUGCUGUGUCACCACCAAUGACAGCAUGAAGAUGUUCUGCAAGCCCAAGACUAUCUUCCUACAGUGUAUACCUUGGCGCAAGCCCAACGGGCACGACUGCACUGACCACACCGAGUGCAGAAGCCAGUGCUGCAUCAGGCCGAAUGAGGUCAGCCACCGCCGGUGCGUCCCCCGGAGUGGGCUCCUGGCCCAGUGCCUGCCCAUGUGGUGAACUCCCGAGGCCAAUAGUGGGAAGUGUCUCUGCGGACAAAUCACAGCCACUGGAACGCGCAGCUUAAUGACUUCGCAUCAAUAAACACCGCUGACCGGCUGAGCGUGUUUUGUCACUUCCAUUUCCCCCCAGACAAAACAAAGGUAAGAAAAACAA